AGGAAACAGCGGGGGCGUCCAUGUUAGUACACCCGGCUCAGGCAGCGCUGUCUCGGCUCCAUCUUCCCCUUGGACACGAUGGCCGUGACUCUUCAUACAGAUUUGGGCGACGUCAAAAUUGAGGUGUUUUGUGAGCGUGCCCCGAAGGCGAGUGAGAACUUCUUGGCGCUGUGCGCCAGUAACUACUACAACGGCUGCCUCUUCCACCGCAACAUCAAAGGCUUCAUGGUGCAGACCGGGGACCCCACAGGGACGGGGAAGGGCGGUGAGAGCAUCUGGGGGCGCAGAUUCGAGGACGAGUUCAGCGAAUACUUGAAGCACAACGUGCGCGGUGUCGUCUCCAUGGCGAAUAGCGGCCCCAAUACCAACUCCUCGCAGUUCUUCAUCACGUACGGAAAACAGCCGCAUCUGGACAUGAAGUACACCGUGCUCGGGAAAGUCAUCGAUGGACUGGACACAUUGGAUGAACUGGAAAAACUCCCAGUACAUGAGAAAUCCUUCCGACCACUGACAGAAGUGCGAAUCAAAGAUGUCACCAUACACGCCAACCCCUUUGCCCUCUGACCUGUACAGGGCGCACAGAUGACCCCUCUGGACUCCUGCAUCCUGCCCUCCAUUCAUCUGUAUCAGAUGCUACAUUGUGUACAACAGCAGUGCAGAGUCUUUCAGGGGCUGUACUGCCCGGUCUCCUGCCACAAGGAUAUUCAGGUUCACAUCCAGACAUCAGGUGACAGAUGUCUUCUGGGUUUUGUUUUUUGAGUAUUUUUAUAAAAAAAUUUGGUGAAAAAUAAAAUUAU